GAGCUUGAAAGCUCCUCCUGCUGAUGUGGAAGGGAAGGGAAGUGAGCUUGAGAAGGCGGCGGCGAGUCCUUCCUGCUUCUUGGCCGGAGCUCAGUCUGCGAGUGAACCGGAGAUGCCUCUCCUGGCCGCGCUGGGCUGCCGGGCCUCGCCGGGCUUGAAGCCGUGGCUGCGCGGCUCUCGGCGCCUUUUCCUGGCAGCCAGGGAGAGGAGCAGCCCGUCCCUUCGCAGCCUGCCUGGGACCUUGAUCGCGGCGACGAAGAAGGAGGAGCAGAUUCCCUUUUGCCAUGUGAAGGCGCUUUGUUGCUUCAGCACAUCAUCUCGGCAUGAAAAUCCUGAAUAUGGAAGAUUAAUUUAUAGCGGAAAUUUAGCAAGAGCCGUGUUAGGGGUGAAGUUCUUCUCUUAUUCAACCAGCAUGUUUAGCGGCUGCAUGAUGCCCAUCCUCCUCCUCAAAACCGGUGUGGGUCUUGACAGCCUUCCUUUGCAAAUUGCCUUUUACAGUGUAGUAGGAUUCUUUACGUUCAUAACGCCUGUUACUCUGCAUUUUAUUACCAAAGGCUACGUAAUCCGACUGUACCAUAAGGCUGAAACAGACACCUACACAGCCAUUACAUAUAAUGCUAUUCUGGCUGAAAAGAAAACUGUGUUCCAUCAAAAGGAUGUGAAGAUUCCAAACAUCAGCAAGAUGUUCACAACAUUUUAUGCUAAAACAAAAUCAAUGCUUGUUAACCCGUUGCUUUUUCAAUAUCCCCAAGAUUAUAGCCAUCUUAUGGGCUAUGAUAAACCCUUCACAUUUGACUUGGAAGAGGCAAAAAAUUCAAUUGAAGACAAAUAAGAUUGUAAAUUUUCAGAAGUUUGUAUUUUUAUGUGUUUGUAUAUGUUCAGACUGUUCAAUUUUUUUUCACACCUUCUAAGUUUUCAAAAAAUCUCAUUGCAUUUUUCCAGCAUUUGUAAAUAGUUUACAAAUUAAAAUAAACAUUAAAUUUACUCAA